CCAUGUAAUGCUUUAUCUGAUCAUGUGUGUGGUGUGCGCGGCGUUUCGGAGCAGCGGCAGUGUAUUUUACCGAUGUGAAGUCAAUUCAGCAGAUGGCAGUAUCUGUCAGAGCCGUGUGAGCGCCUCAACAAUGACACUUGCAACAUCGCAACACUGAAACAUUCGAACGCGGUGCGCGCAGAUACAAUGUAUCGAACCCGACAGAUGCUGCCGAGCCGAAGCCGAAGCAGAAACGCCGACGAGAAUUAAACCCGCGAUGGCUCUCCAUUUCUCUCUCACGUCUCUCGGGGAGCUCCAAUCGCUCGCUACUCGAACCGACAGCUAAUACUGCCAGGGACAGGCGGCUGUGUGCGUUACACGGAGCUCAUGGCGGAGUUUGUCGCCGAGAACUGCGGGGUCUCAUCGCCGAGCGGUGGCGGUGGGAAAUCCGCCCAGCCCGAUGAUGAUGCGGACGGCAGAGCUGCGAGCGAGGUGUCGGUCUCGAACGGGGACUGUGGACUGUGUCCACCCGAGAAGCAGGGGCUUGAGACGGCCAACGCGUCUGUGGUGCUGGACGGCAAAACUGGAAUACCACGGAAGGCCAGUAUUAUUAAGGAUGGUUCCAGGCGGUGCAAGGAAAGGAAGAAGACAGUGUCGUUCAGUAGCAUGCCAACAGAGAAAAAGAUCAGCAGUGCAAGCGACUGCAUUAAUUCAAUGGUGGACGGGUCUGAAUUGAGGAAAGUACGCUCCAACUCCAGAGUCUACCAUCGAUAUUUCCUCCUAGAUGCCGACAUGCAGUCUUUGCGGUGGGAGCCGUCCAAAAAAGAGUCAGACAAGGCCAAGAUUGAUGUAAAGUCAAUUAAAGAGGUGCGAACUGGUAAAAACACAGACACCUUCAGGACCAAUGGAAUUUCGGAUCAGAUUUCCGAGGAUUGUGCGUUCUCUGUAAUCUACGGGGAGAACUAUGAAUCGCUCGAUUUAGUCGCAAAUUCAGCCGAUGUAGCAAAUAUAUGGGUGACUGGACUCAGGUACUUGAUAUCUUAUGGAAAACACACUCUUAACAUGAUUCAGAGCAGUCAGGACAACAUGCGUGCAUCCUGGCUGGGCGACCUCUUCGAUGAAGCGGACAUCAUUGGUGGAAAAUGCAUUAGUCUUUGUUCAGCCAUACAGCUGAUCAAGAAAUUAAGUCCAGGACUGAAAAAUGUCAAGAUAGAGCUGAAGUUCAAAGAGUUGCACAAAGCGAAAGAUAAAAUCGGUUCCGAUGUGACCAAGGAGGAGUUCAUCGAAGUCUUUCACGACCUUUGCACAAGACCAGAAAUCUAUUUUUUGCUGGUUCAGUUCUCAAGCAACAAGGAGUUUCUUGACACCAAGGACUUGAUGAUCUUUUUGGAGGCAGAGCAGGGCAUGGCCAAGGUGAGCGAAGAUAUCAGCGUGGAAAUUAUCCAGAAGUAUGAACCCUCGAAAGAGGGGCAACUCAAGGGAUGGCUCUCCCUGGAUGGGUUUACCAAUUACCUCAUGUCACCAGACUGCCACAUCUUUGAUCCUGAACAAAAAACAGUAUGCCAAGACAUGAACCAACCCCUUUCUCACUAUUACAUAAACUCUUCCCACAAUACCUACCUGAUUGAGGACCAGUUCAGGGGUCCGUCGGACAUUACGGGCUACAUCCGUGCCCUGAAGAUGGGGUGCAGGAGCGUGGAACUUGAUGUGUGGGACGGGUCCGAUAACGAACCGGUCAUUUACACGGGCCAUACGAUGACCUCACAUAUUGUCUUCCGCAGUGUUAUUGACAUCAUCAACAAGUACGCUUUCGUUGCCUCGGAAUUCCCUCUGAUCUUGUGCGUGGAGAACCACUGCUCCUUGAAGCAACAGAAAGUCAUGUUUCAGCAUCUGAAGAAAAUACUCGGAGACAAAAUCCACUCAGAUCCACCCAACCUUGAGGACAACUACCUUCCAUCCCCAUCAGACCUAAAGGGAAAGAUUCUUCUGAAAGGAAAGAAACUAGCAAGCAACUGCACCGGCUCCGAAGGCGAGGUGACGGAUGAGGACGAGGGUGCGGAAAUGUCUCAAAGGAUGAACAACGAAGGUGGUGAACAGCAGACGGUUGUUCAACCCAAAAAGUUCCAGCUUUCCAAGGAUCUGUCGGACUUGGUAACCUUGUGCAAGUCUGUUCGGUUUAAGGAUUUCCAGACAGCUUUCCAGAACCAGAAGCACUGGGAGCUCUGCUCCUUCAAUGAGGUCUUCGCCAGUCGGUGUGCCACUGAUCAACCUGGCGAGUUUGUUAACUACAACAAGAAGUUUCUAGCAAGGGUUUACCCGAGUCCAAUGCGAAUCGAUUCCAGCAACAUGAACCCGCAGGACUUUUGGAAGUGUGGCUGUCAAAUAGUAGCAAUGAACUAUCAAACGCCAGGUCUCAUGAUGGACCUCAACAUUGGCUGGUUUAGGCAAAACGGGAACUGUGGAUACGUCCUACGCCCGGCGAUCAUGAGGGAGCAGGUAUCUUAUUUCAGUGCCAAUACUAAAGACUCAGUCCCGGGAGUGUCUCCACAGCUCCUUCACAUAAAGAUAAUUAGCGGGCAGAAUUUCCCUAAACCCAAGGGCUCAGGCGCCAAAGGCGAUGUGGUGGAUCCCUACGUUUAUGUUGAAAUUCAUGGCAUUCCUGCGGAUUGCGCAGAACAAAGGACUAAAACGGUCCAUCAGAAUGGCGACAACCCCAUCUUUGACGAAAGCUUCGAGUUUCAGAUUAACCUUCCGGAAUUGGCAAUGGUGCGCUUUGUUGUUCUGGAUGACGACUACAUUGGAGAUGAGUUUAUUGGUCAGUACACGAUUCCGUUCGAAUGCAUUCAGCCAGGUUUCCGCCACAUUCCCCUCCAGUCGCUGACGGGCGAGCUGCUUCCGCACGCAUGGCUCUUCGCUCAUGUGGCCAUUACUAAUCGGCGUGGUGGGGGUAAACCUCACAAAAGGGGGCUUUCGGUCCGCAAGGGUAAAAAGGGUCGGGAAUACGCCACUAUGAGGAUACUGCUCAUCAAGGCUGUAGAUGAAGUCUUUAAAUCUGCUGCACAGCCACUUCGGGAAGCCACUGAUCUCCGAGAGAACAUGCAGAAUGCCAUUGUGCCAUUUAAAGAGCUUUGUGGUCUGUCUGCGGUGGCCAACCUGAAGCAGUGUAUAUUAGCGCUCUCCCCGCGUCUCAUCGGGACGGACAGCAGCCCGGUUUUGCUGUUUAACCUCAAAGAUCAGUACCCCACCGUGGAGGCCCAGGGCCUGCUGCCUGAGGUCUUGAAGAAAGUGGUUACCGCUUAUGAGAUGAUGAUCCAGACCAGCCGAACCCUGCUGGAGAACUCAGAAGGCGUGUACGAGCGAAUACUGCAAGUCCAGAAAACAGCAAUGGAGUUCCAUGAGAAACUGCACGACAUGGCGAUGAAGGAGGGACUGAAGGGAAGAAAACUCCACAAAUCCGUGGAGAGCUUCACCUGGAACAUCACGAUUUUAAAGGGCCAGGCCGAUCUGCUGAAACACGCUCGGGCAGAAGUGCUGGAAAACCUGAAACAGAUCCACUACGCCGCACUCACCUGUAACCUGGUCAAGGGCGGAACGGGACCCUCGUCGGGGUCGGGCUCGGGCUCCAAGGGCCGCCGCAGCCUGGACGUCAUCCCGGAGACCGUCGCGGAGAAGGCGGUCGGGGAGGACUACAUCACGGACGAGGAGAACUGAGAGGGUGCCGAAGCGUCCCGCCAAAUCCCAUAAAUCCUCUCCCAGGGUCGGCGUGUACCGAGAGCCGCCGGUGGCCGGAAACGCUUCAGAACGAAACGGAGCGAGCGAAACCAAGGCCUCCUCUACGUCCCGUUCCCGUGUCCAUCCGUCCCCCGUCCGUGUCUCUCCUCCUCGGCGCCGCCGGUCUCCGGGGGCAGGUGGGUGUCGACGAGGCCGAACUUCGCUCCAGGUCUUUCUACAAGCACAAACUUUUGAGUAUUAGGAGGAAUUAGAACUGGAGCCAUGAAUGUAACGAGACGUCGUGUGCGGAUGUGUUGGAGGAAGGAAGAAAGCUGUUUACAAUAAAGAACUACUCCGUGUUCUGUCUGCCAAAAUAGUAUGUGUGUGUAUAUACAGUAUAAAUAUAUGUAUGGAGAUCUGUUACCUUUUUUGCUAUGUGAACUUUUAAUGGAUCAGAUUAUUUUGUUAAGAGAAAUGGAUGUUUUAAAGAGCUCAUAUUUUAUUUGCUUGUACAGAACUUGAGAUGUGGAUCUUAUGAGACGGCCCCGGCCCAGGCCCUUCGUGGGCUUUUUUUAAAUUAUUUGUAUAAAUGCAGGAGGAUUUUGAGGAUGUGGUUCAAGAGAGAAUCUAGUUUUAGAUAUUACCAGCAGCUACUGUACAUGUGAAUAGGUGAGAGUCUCUGAGACGAUUGUUGCUUCUCUAUGGCCACGUGCACAAUGCAAAGUUGAAAUGCAUUUACAUUUAUUCAUUUAGCAGACGGUUAAGCAAUUUACAAAUUACAAUUCCUUAAUUUGUCAUUUUGUGUGUGUACAGAAUACAGCACUGAACAUUUUGCAUAACAUGUCCCUAAAAAAAGAUAGAUGAAUGUCAACAGUUUAACCCAGUGGUUCUCAACCUUUUUGAAGCCAAUGCCCAAAAUUGUUCAAAACAAUAUUUGGAGGAAAAAUAUAUUAAAAAAUAUAUAUAUUUUACUCAAUCUAAAAUAUAUUGGAGUAUGGUUUAUAAUGCCCUAAAUAUUUAUUAAUUUAGAAUUCAAUUUUAUAAUUACUAUUAAAAUUGAAAUCAUCUGAAGGCCUCACUUAAUUUGAUAAUGUUUGUAAAUAAAUAUUUCACUAAAAAUUUGUACUUAAAAAAAAGGCAUGCCUAACAUAAAUAAAUAAAUAAAAUGACCUAAAUGCGAAAGCAAAAUUAAUUAAAAUUAUUUUUAAUCAUUAAUCAUUAUAAUAAUUUGACAGCCCCUCUUAUUUUGUAAGAUUAACAAUAACAGUUUUUAAAAAUGUGUUGUAUUUACAAUUUUAUUAACCCAGUGGUUCUCAACCUUUUUGAAUGGAAAUGAAUUUUUUGGAGUUUUGAAGGAAAUAUAUUUAAAAUAUAUAUAUUUUACUGACAAUUUUUACUCUAUAAAAUAUAUUGGUUUAUUAUUAAUUAAUUUACAAUUAAAUUGAAUAAGUAUAAUUAAAUUUGAAAUCAUUUGAAGGCCUCACUUAAUUUGAAGGAUUAAGGAUUUAAAAAAUAUAUUUUAAGUAAAAUUUUUACUUAAAAAAUAAAUAAAUAAAUGAACCUAAAUGUUUUAUUAAUGUAAAAUGGUCUAGAAUUUAAAAUUAAAUAAAAUUAUUGAUAAACAUUAAUCAUUAUAAUAAUUUGACAGCCCCUCUUAUUUUAAAAGAUUAACAAUAAAGAUUUUUAAAAAACAUGUUUUAGUUGCAUUUUUUAUUUAGCAGUAUAAAGUAUUUUUGUAAGUAUUUUUGAGUAUGGCACCCCAAUAUAUUUGAAAAUUAAUUCUAAGUAAAAUCUUGCUUAAAUUUAAAUUGGAAAAAAUAUAUACAUUUAUAAAUUGGAAUAAAUAAUAAUAAUAAAAUCACUAUAAUUUGAUGCAAAGGGGAUAAAUUAAAAAAAAAAAAAAAAAAAUAUAUAUAUAUAUAUAUAUAUAUAUAUAUAAAUGAAAAUGUAAGAACUUUUCUAUGACUAGAAUUUCAAAUUAAUUACAAUUUUCAAAUUAAAAUCAUUUGAAGGUCCCUAUAAAUUUAAAGGAUUAAGGAUAAGGAUUUUUUUAAUAUUAAUAUUUUUUUUUUUUUUUUUUAAAUAAAAUAUUUCAGAGUAAAUAAAUAAACGCAUAUAUUCAUGAUAAAAAUGCCCUAAAUGUUUUAGGCUUGUAUUCAUUUAAUUUUUUUUUUUUUUCCAGAUUUAGAAAUUUAAAAUGAAUUCAAAUAAACAUUACAAAUCUUUUUAAAUCAUCUCGAGGCCCCCUUGGACAUUUUACCUACACUGAGAAUAACUGCUUUUACCAACUUGCCGUUAGGUAUUUUUAAAGAACGUCAUAUUAGUUGCCUUUAAAAUGUCAUAUUUAAUAUUACUUGCUAUUUCUUAAAACCACAAUUCACUCAUUAAAUUGCUAGACAAUUUUAAAGUAAUUACAAAGUUAAUCCUACAUAAAAUUGUUCUCAUUAAAUGAGUGACAGCCUGAUUUCCCUGCAGGGUGCAUGUGGCCUUUGAGAGCAGACUGAAUACUGUACGUCAAGUGUUACGAUUAAAGCUUCUCAUACAUUCCUGGAAACGAAGUAGUCCGUGUGUGUGUGUGUGUGGCUACUGUUCAAAAAUGAUUCUGCUUUGUUGCUGAAGUUCUGUCUUACAUUGCCUUUUUAACCCGACUUCUUCUAGUUGCUUCUAGUUUGUAAAUGUUUGUUUGCGGCUCAUUCCGUCGGUCUUCUCAUUGUGCCAAUCUACUGUUGGACCCUGUGAACCACUUCCAUUGGAUUUUACACGUUGUGACCAGAGAUUAAACUGGACAUGAAAAAGAAACAAGUUUGUUUAUACAUUUCAGUGCUGUUAUUGUGUAUUUAUAAUUCUAGUUAACCAUUUAUACCAGUCAGGAGUGGAUGAUAGUUUCUAAGAGAAUAUCAGUUUUGUUUAACGCUGUCAAGACCCAAUGCUCUGAAAUAAACCAUGUUAAUUACAUUCUUGAA